AUGAUCUUCACGAAACAUCAAACGAUACUUGUGCUGCGUCUCUUCAUCACAUUGUAUGCUCCCAGAGUCCAUGGCUUCCAUCACAGUAGGUGCAAUCAAUUCCAGGCUCAAUUUCAGUUUCCAGACUGUUAUGUUCCAGAUAUGGAUGCAUACAACCUGCAACUAUCCGACGCUAGCUUCUUGAUGGCUCAUGACGCUGGUACAGGAUAUCUGUCGGUUAAGAAAGGAAUCUCUAGUGCCACCAACCUCUACGCGAAGAACCAACGCGGCACUGUCUAUGAACAGCUUCAGAAUGGAGCAAGAGCAUUGGACGUUCGUCCCAAGCUUUUGCAAAACGGGACUGUCGCACUCCAUCACGGGACAAUAGCGAUUGGAACGACUUUAGAAACCCUCGUCCAAGACGCCAUACGGUGGUGCAAUGAGAACCCAUCGGAAUUGGUUCUCAUCUUGCACAACAACAUGGGAUAUGAUUCCAACUUGUCGCCCGAUGCUGACACAGCCGUUAACGCACUGUCAGAUGUGUAUGGGCCACUUGGAGUAUCUUAUGUAGCCUGUGGCGAUGUCUAUGGAUUGACUGUAGCAGAAACAAUGGAAAUUAGUGUACUUGCGAGUGGUGGGUAUCUGUUGGCACUGGAUCAGCAAGAUGCCUACACUUCUUUCUGUGGCAAGAGCAACUACAUUUCCGAUCAACUUGUCACGUGCUACCCUAACAAUGGAACCUUGCCCUGUACGAAUGCAAAAUCACCAACGCACGAGAGGCUAAAGGAGUAUGCGUUGGCGUGUUCCAACAAUGCUGCCACGGACUCGACAUAUGUACUUGGCCCUCCACAAUCGUUGGACAUCUGGCCGUUCAAUAUAAUACAAGGGAUUUGGCAAGUGGAUACGAGAUCAGCAGCAACGGGAGUGGCUCAUGUUUCUUCACUAAUUGACGACAACACAAAAUCAAGAAUCAAUGCCCAGCUGGUCGAUUGGAUAUAUGACGGAGAAUUCAAUGCAGUUUCGCUUCUGGCGGUUGAUAAUGUGGCCCUGAAUGGCAAUGCCAUACUUUCUGUCCUUCGAAGCAAGUGUGGACAGUCGGAGCUUGGGGAGGAGGAAUGUGGCACGGCAAUUCGCAAGCCAAGACUGCAGCGAAAACCCUUGUCCACGCUCUCGUUUGCAGUAACUUUGUCUUUCUACAUUUUUUUCGCAAUUUGGGUCGGUGUCAUGCUGAGGCACUACAGAAAGUUCUAUCGACCAGAAGAGCAAGCCAAACGGCUGGAGAAGGAUCUCAAAGGGGUUGAGCAUCACUUCAAGAGGGUAAUGGCUGGAGAGUAUGCUUAG